UCAAACCCACACUGGCGCUAUUAUCCGUUCCCAGCAAACCCACACUCUUUCUAGAGAGAGAAACCAUGCCUCCCCAUUAGCCGCGCCAUUCUCUCUCACACACACACCACAGUCCACAGACAUGAAUAUUCAUCUCCUCCGAAUCGGAUCUCACCUACUCUCCCUCUCGCUGCUGCUGGCCUCUCUCUCCUCCGCCGAAGAUGACUUCAACUGCCUGCGCGAAGUCCGUAGCUCGUUGACUGACCCCGACGACGACAGACUCUCCUGGAAUUUCUCCAACACCACCGCCGGCGCCGUCUGCAGCUUCGUCGGCGUCAAGUGCUGGAACGACCAGGAGAACAGGGUCAUAAGUUUGGAGCUCGCGGAUUUCAAUCUCGCCGGGAAUAUUCCCGACUCGUUUCGCCUCUGCCACAACCUUCAAACCCUGAUUCUCUCUGGUAAUUCGCUCUCCGGCUCGAUCCCUGGCCAAAUCUGCACUUGGCUGCCUUAUUUGACUACUCUCGAUUUGUCGCGUAAUAAUUUGACCGGUGAGAUACCGAGUGAUCUCUCUAAAUGCUCGUAUUUGAACAGUUUGGUGUUGGAUGAUAACCAUCUGUACGGUGUUAUUCCUUACCAAUUGUCUAGUUUGGGGCGAUUGCAGAAGUUCUCUGUAAGGAAUAAUCAAUUAACUGGACCUGUGCCGGAGUUCACCUAUAAAUUUGAGCUUGAUUAUGACGGAAACAAGGGGCUCUGCGGCGGGCCGUUGGGGAAAUGCGGCGGAUUGAGCAAGAAGAAUUUGGCAAUUAUCAUUGCUGCAGGGGUUUUUGGGGCGGCAGCGUCGUUGGUGCUGGGAUUUGGGCUGUGGUGGUGGUAUUUUGUGAGAUCGAGUAAGAGGAGUAAGAAAGGGUAUGGUGUUGGUAGAAGGGAUGAUGAUUGGGCUGAGGUUUUGAGGGCUCAUAAGCUUACACAGGUGACAUUGUUUCAAAAGCCUCUUGUUAAGGUUAAGCUGGUGGAUUUGUUGGCUGCGACGAACAAUUUUAGCAGGGAGAGUGUUAUAGUUUCGAGCAGGACUGGCACGACGUAUAAGGCUGUGUUGCCGGAUGGUUCAGCUCUUGCGAUCAAGCGGCUGAUUGAGUGUAAGAUUGGGGAGAGGCAGUUUGGGAUGGAGAUGAAUAGGUUGGGGCAGUUGAGGCAUCCGAAUUUGGUGCCCCUUUUGGGGUUUUGCACGGUGGAGGAUGAGAAGCUCUUGGUGUACAAGCAUUUGUCCAACGGGACUCUUGGAUCGAUGCUGACUGGCAAUGCGAGCAACUUGGAUUGGACGACUAGGUUUAGGAUUGCCUUGGGUGCUGCAAGAGGGCUUGCUUGGCUUCACCAUGGCUGCCACCCUCCGAUCCUCCACCAGAACAUCAGCUCGAAUGUGGUUAUGCUUGAUGAGGAUUUUGAUGCUCGGAUAAUGGACUUUGGGCUGGCAAGGCUCCUGAACUCAUCCGAGCCUCAUGAGAGUAGCUUUGUGUAUGGGGAUUUAGGAGAGAUUGGAUAUGUUGCUCCGGAGUAUUCAACAACAAUGGUUGCUUCCCUUAAAGGGGACACAUACAGUUUUGGAGUGGUGCUUCUGGAAUUAGCAACUGGAAGGAAGCCUCUUGAUGAUGGUACCCUUGAGGAUGCGCCUAAGGGCAGUGUAGUCGACUGGGUGAAGCAUCUUGCUAGUUCUGGCCGGAUUAAAGACGCCAUAGAUAAGCAGCUAUGUGGGAAGGGCCAUGAUGAGGAGAUAGUGCGUUUCUUGAAGAUCGCUUGUAACUGUGUCGUCUCUCUGCCCAAGAACCGGUCGUCUAUGUUCCAAGUUUAUGAGUCGUUGAAGGGCAUGGCGGAGGAACAUGGUUUCUCAGAGCAUUUCGAUGAAUUUCCUCUGUUGUUCGCGAAGCAAGAGCCAACUAGUCCCCUUUGAAUCAGGGGUUCUGAUGCAGGUUCCUGCAAAUUAUGAGAAGCAAAUUGUUUGAUAUUAUCCAUCAUGAAUUGCUUUUCAUAUCUAUGUAUCUAUAUUAUAUAUAGCUCAUCUGCAUAUAUUUGAAGCUUUGCAUUUUGAAAUAUGUUAUAACAAGAGCUUCUAUUUAUGGCUCAGUGUGUGUGUUUGUAGAUAUAGAUUUGGCCUUCUGCUUCUGCUACCAAGUCUUUAUAAAAUUUGAGACAGUUCUUAUGCAUUUUUCAUGUAUUUAGUAUGGAAAUGGGAGAUUAGUUAUGUUAUAAUUUAUGUAGCAAGAUCGUAUUUUAUUUUA